AUGUGGUUUAUGAAUCUUGACAUGGCGAAUGGUUUCUGGGCAGUCCGAAUGACUGAGAGGGCUAAGCUGAUCUCGGCGUUUAUCUGUCCAUUCGGGCAUUUCCAAUGGGUACGUUUGCCAUUAGGGUUGAAAAACGCCCCACUAAUUUGCCAACAAAUGAUCAAUAAUUGCCUGUGGAGUUUUGUGCGGCUAUCACCCGAAGAAGAAGCACUCGUGAAUCAGGAUGUGUUAGACUACUUGAAGUUGGAUCCUCAGUUAUCGAGUGAUGAAGUGGAUGCACGACGCAGUAUGACACCACUCGUGGAGCAAAUGACAGGUUUCAAGCGUAACAUUCCCGCACCAUCCCAAAUGGGGCCAGUCUUGGGGCGCAGUUCGUAUAUUGAUGACAUCACGCAUGGGGCGGCCACGUGGGAUCAACUAUGCGGUGAUCUAGAUGCGUUGCUCUAUCGGUUACGGUACUGGAGUAUUUCAGUUAGCUUCCCUAAGAGCGAGUUCGGAAAGCGUAAGAUUGGCGCUGAAGGGAUACGUGCUACCCCGAAAAUCGAAAAAGGUAUUCAGGAGUUACCAUUUCCGUCUACCCUGAAAGGAGUCUACCUGAAUUACUACCCCAAAUUCAUUGAAGAUUACGCUGUGGAGUUGACAGAUGACCAAGUGCGCGCAGGGCGAGACUUGCCUCGAGCGAAGGAAUCGUUUGAGAUACUGAAGAGGAAGAUCGUGUCUACGCCUCUACUCAGACAUCCGGACCGAACGAAACCUUUUGUGAUCAUCACUCAUGCGAAUCUGUGGGCUGCUUGCGCAGUUCUAGGCCAGAUGCAUGACGGACUCGUUCAAUCCGUUCGUUUCACGGGGCGUGCCCUGAGUCACGUCGAGCUCAAGUACCAUAUCGCUGAGAAGGAAGUUCUCGCUGUGAUGCGAGUGCCCCAUGUGUUCAAGAAUCUGAUCGAAGAUGUCCUGUUGAAAUGGGUCAUCAAUUCCAAGACCGCCGAAGGCCGUCUGGUGCCAUGGGGCGUCGUUCUCUCACAUUACGACUUGGAAAUUCGGAAGGUCAUUCGAGAUGAGGAUGGCUUAGCCGCCAUUAUGGGUGCAGGUAUCACUCCCCAGGAGCACUUGGAUGAAGUCGCCGAAGUACUCAUUCCAGCCAAGGGGCGCGUCAAACCGCCUCCAGCCGUGAGUGUCGAACUGCUCUCAGAAGAAUACUCCGGGGUAGUCCUGAGUUUCGAUGGUGCGGCCAAAACUUCCACAAGGAAGGGCAGUUGCGGAUUCUGUGACAGCUACCUGGAUGGAAAGUUUUGGAUGCUCGAGGGAGUCACCGUCAAUGACGCGGUAUACUUCGGGUUGCUUAAAGGGCUUGCAAUGGCUUUGGAAAGAGGGAUUCAGGAUAUAGUCGUCGUGGGUGACUCGAGAAUUGUGAUUCAACAAGUCCAAGGUCUGAUUAAUGGUAACCAGCCUAAUCUCCAAAGGAGGCUAGCUGAAUGCCAAACCCUGAAGAAACGUUUCCAGACGGUACGAUUGGUACACAUGAAUCGUGAGUUCAACCAGGCCGCUGACUACCUGACCUCGAAGACUCUUGUCCAAGGUGAAUCCUGGACAGUUCAGGAUGAUCUCGAGAAACGAAGUACACCGACACUCGAGUUCACAGUGAAGAUCCCAUACAAGACCCUGGUGAGGAAGAUGGCAAUUCAGGAGCGAGACAUGGUCUUGGCCCCGAAUGUGCCCCUCUAUCUUCUGCCGCCCGAGUCAUCGCUGUACUCACGAGGUCACGAGCUGAAGAAGCUGAUGACGCCGAGGUCCCGUCCAUGGGGCCACUAG